AUGGCAAAUCCCAAUAACAAAUCCAAGAACUGGUUGUCUCGUUUGAGAGACUUGAGAAUUCGACGGCGAUCUUUGGACAGCUCCGAACAGAGAAGUGAAGAUAAUAUAUUAUAUCGACGGGGUAUUUAUGUGCACAAUAAUAUUUCUUCUAAUAAUGAUCCACAGACACAAUCUUCUUGGACCAGAAAUGGGUUCCGAAGAAGUAUCCUCAAGAUGCAUAAUCGUGUGAAAGAUGUAUUCAAACAGAAAAAUACUAAUUCAAAUACUAGCACAACCAGACAUACUAUUGCAGUUGUUUCCAAUGGAACUUCAUCAUCACAUAUUUCACAAAGAGUAACACUUUCAUCACCUGCACGACAUGUGGAAAACAUUUACAGUUUUGGGCCUGUGAAAAAACCUGCAGGUUCACCAAAUUCUGAAAGACCUUCACCAAGAGUUUCACCUUGUCCUGCCAGGAUUACUUUGGCUUCACCAGUGCCCUCAAAUUCUUCAGUUUCAAUAUCAGCACCAGCCCCAGUAGUACCUCCAAGGAGACGAAAUUUUGCUCAACUGUCCCCUGAAGCUCCAAAUGGUAGUGUGCCCAAAAAUGAAAUUGCAAAUCUUACCAAUUACUACUGGUAUUGGGGCCCAAUUUCCAGGUCUCAGGCUGAAGACAGGCUCAAAGAUUCUCCUGAUGGAGCUUUCCUUGUUAGGGACUCCACAGCAGAUAGGUAUAUCUUCACUAUGAGUUUCCGAAGCAUUGGAAAAAUUCUCCACACCAGAAUAGAAUACACCAAAUCUGGUUACAGUCUAUUUGACCAAGUAGGUUACAAAAGCAUUGCUGAACUAGUUGAAGAUGCUAUUAUGAAAUCGAAGAAUAGUGUUUAUUGCUACACAAAAACUAGAGAUUUUGUUCAACCUAAUUUCCCUGUGAGACUCACUCUACCUGUUUCAAGGUAUGAUAAAGUGCCGACUUUGAAGUAUCUUUCUCGGUUUGUUAUAAGACAAUUUGUGAUUAUCAAUGAUAUGGAUAAGUUACCACUGCCGGAUGCAUUAAUCAGUUAUUUACAAGAACAAGGACCUUACUUUUAG